AUGUUUAGGAUAGCGAAAAAUUUGGUCAAAACUUUCGAACAGAGUGUAACGGACACAAUUGGGGCCGGCGACAAGCUUGACUCUUAUUUCAUGUCGCUACCCCCGAACCUGCUUGUUCCAGGUAACGAUAGUAAUAGCACGUUACAUGGUCUUCGGGUCAUAAGAUGUGAUGAGACGCAGUUACAGGUAGCGUCGUUUUUCGAUUUUAUUGUCGGGUUCAACGACAUGCCCAUGCCCCUGAUCCAAAACCAACACGGGUAUCUACAUCCAGAUUUUGGAUCCAUCUUACGCACGAUCAACAACUCGUGUGGCAGCAGCAUCAAACUAAAUGUGUGGUCCGGAAAAGGUGGGUUCUAUCGCGAUGAAUACGUUGACGUUGCGCGUAAAGCCGAGGUGGAAGACGUCGCGCUCGAUCCGGCAACAGACCAGAACCAUCGAGAGUUUGAGCCGUUAGGCUUUUCAGUUCAAUGGGCUCCACUACUCGCGGCUACAUACACGUAUCACGUUUUGGAGAUACACAAUCCUCACGGCCCCGCCAGUGCUUCCGGUCUUGUGCCCCAGGAAGACUACAUUAUCGGGUGCCAAGACGGAUUGCUGGCUACCGGCGGCGAAACUCUACUCCAGGAGAUCGUGCGCUCGCGUGCUAACGAAGAACUAGUCCUCUAUGUGUACAACUCUGGCAGCGACUCUGUGAGACCCAUAACCACGAAAAUCGGCGGAGAUGGCAGGCUGGGUUGCGGUGUAGGGUACGGAUAUUUGCACAGAAUUCCCGACCCUCAACCUGCGGACAUGCCGAUUUUUGAGCUACCCUCCUCCGAUGCGUUCGUGCCCGCUGGGCAGACCGCUGCACUACCCAAUACUGUUGCCACGGAGACUAAAACGACCGACAAUUUCAUUGCUCCACCUCCCAUGCAUAAAAGAAAAACCAAGCCACACUCAGCGGCCACUGCUGCGUCGUCGAUGCAAGAUUAUUUCCAAGAAGGUAAAGAUCAAAGCCCUGCUGCCAGUUUGAAAACCCCACCGCCACCACCUCCAGCGAAAAACAGCUGA